ACCCAUUUUUAUAUACACUCUUUUUUUUUUCUCGCCCGGUCGCGGCGGCCAUACCGCAACAAGUUCUCCUCCGCCGUCGCUUCCACGGCCUCCCCCCAUCCCAAACGCGGUCGAUCGCCGGCGAAUCCCCACCGGACGCCGAGGCGACUGCCCCGCCGCUCGCCACCCUCCAUCCCCGGCGUCCCCGAAGUAACCCACCGCCUCCUUCUUCUUCCCUCCAUCUCUCCUGCACCCGAGUGAGGGCGACCGCGAUCUCUCAGAUCCACCGAAUCCGGAGACCCCGCUCGCGAUCGAGUCAAACGCCUCCGAACCCUUAAUCCUCGCCGCCGCCGCCGCCGCCGACGACGACGACGAGGACCUCCCCACUAGGAUGAGCGGGAGGAAGAAUGCCGGCAAGGCCUCGCCGUUUCUGCUCCUCCUCAUCUCGGUGGGCUGCUUCUUCGCGACCUACAACUUCCUGACGAUGGUGGGCCACGGCCGGAGCCGGGACGCCGGGCCGCGGAAGAUUCUCGGCGGCGUCGGCGGCGUCGGCGGCGGCGGCUCGGACCCGUCGAAGAGGUUCCACGUCGCGCUCACGGCGACGGACGCGCUCUACAGCCAGUGGCAGUCGCGGGUGAUGUACUACUGGUACAGGGAGAUGAGGGAUCGGCCUGGCUCCGACAUGGGCGGCUUCACGCGGAUCCUGCACUCCGGGAAGCCCGACGGAUUGAUGGAUGAGAUACCUACCUUGGUGGUUGAUCCCCUCCCCGAAGGCGCGGAUCGAGGUUACAUUGUCCUAAACAGGCCUUGGGCAUUUGUUCAAUGGCUGAAGAAAUCAAACAUCAAAGAAGACUAUGUACUUAUGGCUGAGCCAGAUCACAUCUUUGUGAGGCCAUUGCCAAACUUAGCUCAUGGCGACGAACCUGCUGCGUUUCCCUUCUUCUACAUCAAACCAACUGAAAAUGAAAUAAUACUGAGGAAGUUCUUUCCUGAAGAAAAUGGACCAGUCUCAAAAAUUGAUCCUAUUGGUAAUUCCCCAGUGAUUAUCAAGAAGGCCCAGCUUGAGAAGAUUGCUCCAACUUGGAUGAAUAUUUCGUUGAAAAUGAAAGAGGAUGUGGAGACAGACAAAGCUUUUGGAUGGGUCUUGGAAAUGUAUGCAUAUGCUGUCGCUAGUGCAUUGCAUGGUGUGCACUACAGCCUUCGUAAGGAUUUUAUGAUUCAGCCUCCUUGGGACGCGAAAUCGGACAACACAUUCAUCAUCCAUUACACUUAUGGGUGUGAUUAUACAUUAAAGGGUGAGCUAACUUAUGGGAAAAUAGGGGAAUGGCGGUUUGACAAAAGAUCUUAUCUUCGUUCACCACCGCCAAGAAAUCUUACAUUACCUCCUCCAGGAGUUCCCGAAAGUGUGGCCACCCUUGUGAAAAUGGUCAAUGAAGCCACUGCAAACAUUCCAGGGUGGGACGAAGAAAGGUGAUUAAAUGGUUUUGCCUCGCUGAUACUCAAUUCAGCUGAUAGUGUUUACAUUAGAAGCCAUCGAAGGAUCUCCGUGGUCAAUAAAACAAGUGAAUCAACGCAUGUUCUUCUUAGGCGGCAGACACGAUUGGCUAAUUCCUACAAAUUAACCUAGAAUUAGUUUUUGGCAAGUAAAACACGGUAGUUAUUUGGUCAAGUGAGGUGGUCCAUUUUUGGUGUUGUAAAGCUGAAACGUGAGCUUUUGGUAAUACUCCUAGAUCAUUCGAUUGUAUUGUAAAGCAGAAAUAUUAGUCAAGUUUGUUGCACGGGAAUGUUACUCGAUAAUUGAGGCUUGGGAUCCUUCGCGCUUGUGCCAUUA